AUUAUGGAUAACGGCAUUGUCCAAGUUACACUAUCAAAUCCAGGUGGAAUUGUCACUGGGAUCCAAUAUAAAGGCAUCGACAAUUUACUUGAAGUUCUCAAUGAAGAAGCUAAUAGAGGGUACUGGGAUCUUGUCUGGAGUGAAACCGGAAGUAUCGGAACAACGGGAACCUAUGAUCGAAUCGUAGGAACAAAAUUCACAGUUAUUGUGGAGAGUGAAGAACAAGUAGAGAUCUCAUUCACUAGAGAGUGGAAUCACGACGACAUGAAUGUUCCCCUAAAUAUAGACAAAAGGUUUGUAAUGCUUCGUAAUUCGUCAGGCUUCUACUCGUACGCCAUCUACGAGCACUUGAAAGAAUGGCCUGCUUUCAAUCUUCCCCAGACCAGGAUUACAUUCAAGCUCAGAAAAGAGAUGUUUCAGUACAUGGCGAUAGCUGAUAACAGGCAACGAAACAUGCCCCUUCCCGAUGACCGAUUACCAGAACGAAGCCAAAUCUUAAAUUCAGAUUUCCCAGAAGCAGUCCUUCUUGUCAAUCCUAUAGAGCCACAAUAUAAGGGAGAAGUGGAUGACAAGUACCAAUACUCAUGCGAGAAUCAAAAUCUGCGGGUUCACGGUUGGAUAUGCAAGGACCCUCAUGUAGGGUUUUGGCAGAUAACACCUAGUGAUGAGUUCCGAUCCGGCGGACCUCUUAAACAAAACCUCACCUCCCACGUUGGUCCUAUUUGUCUUGCAAUGUUUCUGAGUGCUCACUAUUCAGGAGAGGACCUUGUAUUGAAGCUUAAACCAGAUGAGCCAUGGAAGAAAGUAUUCGGUCCUGUUUUUAUCUAUCUUAAUUCCUCAUCUGAUGAAAAAGAUUCAUCACCACUCUGGGAAGAUGCAAAGAAACAGAUGAUGACAGAAGUACAAAGCUGGCCUUAUGAAUUUCCAGCUUCCUCUGAUUUUCCAACGUCAAAGCAACGGGGUAAUGUUAGUGGUGGAAUACUUGUCCGAGACGGUUUUGUUAGUGACCAUCAUAUACUUGGCGAUGGUGCUUAUGUUGGACUGGCACCACCUGGAGACGUUGGAUCAUGGCAAAGAGAUUGCAAGGGUUACCAGUUUUGGACUAGGGUGGAUGAGAAUGGCUAUUACUCUAUCAAAAAUAUACGUGAGGGCAACUAUAAUCUCUACGCGUGGGUUCCUGGGUUUAUUGGAGAUUAUCGCUAUGGUGUUGCCAUUAACAUAACUCCAGGCUGUGAUAUCCAGCUGGGUGAUCUUGUAUAUGAACCUCCAAGGGAUGGGCCAACAUUGUGGGAAAUUGGUUUCCCCGAUCGCACUGCUACUGGAUUCUAUGUCCCUGAUCCCAAUCCAAAGUAUAUCAAUAAACUUUAUGUAAAUCAUCCCGACAGGUUUAGGCAGUGGGGGUUAUGGGAAAGAUAUGCCGAGUUAUAUCCUAAAGAGGAUUUAGUUUACACUAUUGGAACUAGCGACUAUUCUAAAGACUGGUUCUUUGCUCAAGUUACCAGGAAGAAAGAUGAUGGUACAUACCAAGGGACUUCCUGGAAAAUCAAUUUUCAGAUUGACAAUGUCAAUCAGACCAAAACCCACAAACUUCGAGUAGCCCUUGCUACUGCAAAUAUAGCAGAGUUACAGAUUCGCGUAAAUGAUUCGAACGCAGACACUCCUCUGUUUACGACCGGAGUAAUCGGACACGACAACGCAAUAUGCAGGCAUGGAAUUCAUGGUCUCUACCGGCUGUAUAGCAUAAACGUACCUGGCACAUUGCUUGCGAAAGGUGACAAUACUGUGUUUCUAACACAAGCAAUGAGCACCAGCCCUUUCGUGGGAAUCAUGUAUGACUAUAUUCGUUUGGAAGCUCCAUCAUCUUCAACUUCCGCCUGA